AUGACAACAACAACAACAGCCACCACCACCACUACGCACCCUCCAACGCCCCCCAAAACAAGCACAAGCUUCACAGCCCACCUAAUCGCCUCCUUCACAUCUCCCAUUUCCUCUCUCCCCACGCCAGCACCAGAACCCCUCUACAAGCCCGCUGACGUGCCCCGGAUCAAGAAUGCAAAGAGAUUGACGGGCACGCGCACGAAGCAGCUUAUCCGCGCUGCGGAUCGGGGGCAUGAUGAUCCGCCGCCGCCGCCGGGUCUGGGCGAGUGCUGUGGCAGUUCGUGUGAUCCGUGCGUGAAUGAUCUGUGGAGAGAGGAAUUGGCGUGUUGGAGGGAGCGUUGGGGGGAGGGUGCUGUGGAGAAGAAGGAAGGUGAUCGGAAGGAUGGGGAGGGUGGGAUUCGGGGGAAAGGGGGGUGUAUGCCUGGGAGUUUUGAUUGGUGA